AUGGUGAGGUUUGCCUUGGUAAAGAUCGUGAGUUCAACGCUUGCAAAGUGCACAACAACCUCUGUUCACCUUGCGGCCUUUUCUCUCAGCCAACUCUCUUCUAUCCUUCUCCGCGCGGAUAUGGAUCAAGUCUUUGCCCGUUGUGUUGACGUUCUCGCACUGUCCGGACCCCCAGGAGCAACCCUAACCCAUGUCACUGCAGCCGCCACCGCUGCUCCACACCCACGUCCAGCACUGCUUCGUUUCCUUUCUGUGCAAUUUCACACCCGCCGCGCCCUCUUCUCCAGCCCGGACUGGGCUCAACCACCUCAUACUCUGCAUCUCAUUGCGUGCGAGUCAUUGCGUAAACGCGCCCUCGGCUACUCAGCCAUAGAGCAUCCUGUCCUCCCAGAACAGGCAUGGCGCGUCUUGAUACAAGUUGGCCGUGCAGGGCCAGAUGGUAUUCUGCAAUCCAAACUCGCACCUCUCGUCUCGCUCUCCGCAGUCAUGGUUUCGCACUAUCUCGGCACAUUGACAGCAAGACGUCUUGUGGCUCGCAAACGCGUCGUCCUCACUACUACAAAACUCACCUCAUCGGUCACACACGAAAAUGCCCCCGCCGAACACCCCAACUUAUCGAACCAACCCCAACUCAUUUCUCCUUCUGAUCUCAAAAAGCGCGUCACCUCCACCACAGUAAUUGUCCUUGCUCGUUUCGCCAGUCAUCUGGCAUCAUCCAAUGCUAGCAUACCAACCAAUACUACUAGAAUCGACCCCACACGACCCCCAGUAGACCCCUUGCCUUAUCAAUCCAAUUCGGUCCCUCCCGAUCGCGAUGCCGACGUCGCUAUCCACGAGCUCGACGUCAAUCAGGGUGCCGAUCGUGUCCUUCGCGCCCUGCAACGACCCCCGUAUAUUCGCACCCUGAAGGACCUCAAAACUAUCGCUUUACCCGAUCAUGAGCGCCCCAAAGCUUGCACCGUCGAAGACUUCCAGCGCAGGAGACACAGAGCCUUUCGGGCCUUCCGCAUUCGACUUGAAAAGGCAAAGCUGGUUACUGUCGUUGACCGUGAAUGCAUUGACAUCAACGGCAACUGCAGAGGUUCUCAUGCUUGUCUCAUGCUUGCUAACAUCCCCCACACCAACCAUGGAGCAAACGUGGUCGCCCCUGUUGUUGUUGAGGAUGAGGAGGCGGUCGCUGCCGUUGAAGACUUUGACAUAGACGAAGACAAUGAAGGAACUAAACCACACGUAGCAUCUCCAAGGUUGCCAAUCAGUAUCGCUACACCACCCUGGAAGGGCUCAACUGCUGAAUACAUCGCGGAAGUUGAUCUCGUCCAGCAGGUGUACAAUCUUGUCCGGGAGUCCGGGGCGAGUGGACUGUCAGUCCCGCAGAUAGCUUCCAAGCUUGAUGCUGGGACCAAGCUUCUGAGCGCGCAUCAAAAGCGCAUUCGAAAUAUCAUCAACGGUAUGUCGAGAUUUGUGCCAAUUAUCGAAUCCCAAAAAUUUGAUGGCAGCGCAAUGUCCCUAAAACUCGUACUCGCUGAGUUCGCCCCGAAGAAGCCCGAAAAGCAAGAAGGAAGUCACAUGCAAGAAUGUGAAACGAGCUUGAUCGGCUCAGGCAAAGAACGGAAAACUGGUCGCACACAACGCGCGUCGAAUUUGCCGCGUAAAAGGAAUAAGUUAACAUCUCUUGGAGUCCAGCGACGCAACGUCUUGUUGCAGUUGCUAGAUGAAAACAAGGCGAUUGUGCUCGAAACGUUAGGGCGCCGGAUCGCUGAAAGGGAAACGGAGUCGAGCGUCGACCGAGUUGAUCAAAAAGUUUUGAGGCGAAUUAUCAAUGAUUUAGUUUUGCAAAAGAAGGUCCAAGUGCUCACAACUCUAAAGCCGAGCAUCCAGAAACGUGCCCAGACCUUGCGAUUGGUGACGCUUCCUGGACUAAAAGCGGACAGCCCAGAAGUGGCGCAUGCCGUGUCGGUCGUAGUGUCCCAAAAUGUUCACGGAAAGCAAAGCACCCCGCGCAAACCCCGGAAACGGAAGGCAGAAGACGUCAUUGUUCUCGAAGCUGAUGACAUAAGUAUCGCCGAGAGUGCAAUUGAAGAAAAGACAAAGAAGCGGAGGCGAAGUCAACCACAAGAGAGGCAGUUGAAGGACUCGAAAAUGAGCAAUCCAGCUUCCAUUUGGGAUACCAUUACAGAAGGAGGGCUGGAAGGCGAUAUCGAACAGGCUUCUCAGUCAGCUAGUCUUUCUGGAGCUCCACAGAGAGACCCAAUCGUGGUGCACAAGGAGCGGCGCAACAUGCGAAACACUAGAAUCUAUCGUCUCACCGCUGUCGAUUAUGGGUGGAUGAAGGGGAAGUUAGCGAGGGCGCAAAAGUUUCAUGAACAUCUGUACCAAGAAGUUUGCAAGCAGCAAAACCAUGUGAGAUCAGGAACAAAUGCACUACAGCACAUUAGUAUCGAAAACGCAAGGGCCGCACCGGCGCUGGGAAGAUUCACUAUUCAGUCCUGCCUUCUGCAAAUGAGUGUUGCGGACUAUGCAGCUGUUGUUGGAAUCCACCAAGAUCACGGCGAUGCUUUAGAGUCUGUCCAACAGAAGAAAAUCUCUGAAGUCGAGGACAUUUUGAAGGGAGAGAUAGCCAGCAGCCAUGCCAGUCGACAACUUACAAGUCUUGUUCAAUGUCUCAUGAAACUAGAGCUGAUGAAAUCCGCUCAAGAAGGUAAGUUUGCAUUGGCCGGCUCCGGCAUAAUUCGCGACUUUGGCAAAGGGAUGCCUACUGGUGUGUUUCCUCAUGGUGUUUUGUUUACAUGCAGGACUUCACUUGAUUUGUUUUGGAAAGAACUUCAGCAAUUUGCGCACUUUGAGCAUCGGAAAUCUUUCGUACACAGUAGCCUGACAGGAAAGCACGGCGAAGAACGUUGUGAAGCUGGGCAACAUGCCCUUCCCGAUGUAUAUAUUCGUAUGCGUUGGGGGAAAGCAUUCGGUUAUACCUUUACACAAAAUGAGCAACUACAAUACGAAGUGGUGCUACAGCGCAUGUCUGGGGUGCCCGUAGAGAUGAACCACAAAGGAAUUGCUGCAAACAGUCACAUCAAAACUGACUGUUUGAAGCGUUUUGACGUUGGAGAAAUUCUUGAUCAUGCCCAAAAAGUCGCUCCUGCACUGGGAUCAAUAUUGGCUAGGCUAAAGAACACAGUUGUUGCCGAGAAGCUUCUAUUUUAUUCUCGCUUUCGGUCAAGAAAUGAGAUACCUAAAGAUGUAUUCGAACACUUGAAAAUGGGGGAUGUGCCUAGUUUGCGCCAGGCCUCCACAACAUCCGAAGCUGAAAGCUCUGGUAGCACGCUUCGGCUUUCUCGGGGGGCACCUUCUGUCAUUCGUCCCGCAGCUGCUACACGUAGACCGAAAAGGCUGCAGAAGCGCUCGACGAAACCAGCUUUGAAAACGCCACCAAGAAGGCAAUUACUGAAGCGGGACCCAGAAACAGAGGUUGUGGUCGAUAUUCAGAGAUUUGUAACCGCCUUGGGCGUAAUUGUCAAGAGAAGGGCUAAGACGUAUUGCAACGACGUUCUCGAAGUACCGCGAUGGUUCGAUUCCGAAAACUGCUCGGAUUCGAAAACAGUAUCUCUUAACAAACGACGGUCGGAGAAACACUGCUCUCCAAGAAAGGCAUCGUUAGUUGAGACGCAAGAACGAAAAAGCAACAAAAGAGGGAACCAACCUCGGAACCAAUCUGGGCAUUUGCUUUUGUGUGACUUGGAUCACAAUGCAGUCUCUCAAAACGAGGAGUAUCCUUCAGUAUCGAUAAGCGAUAAGCUGUUAUUUCCGAAAGCGAUCGCAACCCUCUGCGAUUCGCAAAUAGUUCAAGGUGUGAUUGAUUUGGUAUCACUGCGGCUUGUACUUCGGCUGAAAUCAAUGCAUGUUGGUGAGAGCGCGGAGCAGCUUGAAAAAGGAGCAAAUGACGAGCUACAAACGUCUUCAGAAUCCCUUGCAGCUUUAUUCCGCACUGCGGUGGUCGAGUGCCAUGAUGAGCUUUACAGUCGUCACAAAAUUGUUUUGGAUGAGACUACGACAUUCCCGUCUAAGUUGCAGCGGAAAGCUGUUUUUGAGCGCGAGUUCCAUCUAACAAGCAAUAUGCGCAUGAGCUACGACAACAGUGUCGGGGAUCAACUUACCUACCUUGUGGAAAGAUACAGAUGCAUCUCGAAUUUGAAAGCUCGUGACACACUAUGGCGUCAGUUUGUUUUCCUUGGCGAUACCGUCGAUGAUGUCAUGAGCUCGAGUGAUGAUGAUUCUACGUAUGUGAGAGUUGAAGUAAUGGAACAGGUUUUGCUCAGUAUUUUAAAUAGCGGGAGGCAGACACAAAAAUCGAGUCAUGUCAUGAGUCUCCUGAAUCGCUUUCGGCAAGAAGACAUUUGCAAUGCCCGGGACAGACUCUUGCUCCGUGGGGCCAUCCAUGUCACAUCAACAGACACCAUGGAAAGAUUUUUUAUGACUCGAAAGGGGGAGCCAGGAGGAAGGGAGAGUGCAAUUAGACAUGUUUUACAGCAGAAGUCAAACAUGGCGGAUUUAUGGGCAAGUGACUUGGAAAAAAAUUGGGCAAAAGCAAAGGACAAAGGGAUGGGUAGCAUUGGAAAGACUAAAUUAGGGAAGGACGCCGCCGGGAAGAGAUGCUUGGAGUCAAGAAAAGCGGCGAUGACUAUAACGGAAAUGGUUUUUUAUUCCGAGAACAAAAGACGAAGACUUCGACUGAAGCCGUAUGUUGGGUUUAGAGAAGAAAAUGGUAAGGCAAUAGGCAAUGUGCCGGAAAAGGUAGGGCCAGGCUCCGACAGGGUGCAGAAAACGGUUGAGGGAAUUGAUAAGGGCGGACCAGUAGAGAAGGAUAAUGGAGCAAGCCAAUUGAAGGACAAAGAAAAAAAAAGGAGGCAAAAGAAAUGUGAGAAGCAGUUUGCUGGGAGCUCCAGUGACGGGGAGGCAAAAGAAGAAGAUACGGGGAAGAACUGUGGGCCGAAGACACUGAUUGAUGUAAGUUUCAGGUACGAAGAAGAGGUAAGGGCGGGAGCGCACGGAAGCGGCCCCCUGGGAAGUUGUAAAAUGGAAGUGGUUGCCAAGGUGGAAGAUGGAGAAUUGGAGAAACAGGUGGAAGAUGUGAUUAUGGAGGGCAAACAUCUAGGGGUGACGAUUCGAGAGCUGGUUGAAAGCAGAGUGGGUCAGGGGUGCAGGUGGAAACUGGCAAGAGCCGUGCAAGGACUUCUGCGCAAAGGUAUGGUGCACAGGUUGUCAAUCGAGACGGAUGGGCACCCGACGCUACACGGGGUAGAGUGGGAGUGCUCUGAUGGGGUGUUGUAUAUUCAUGCCAAUUACUGCUCGGCAUUGAUGGUACAUAGGUACAAGAUGGAUUCAAAGAAGCAAGGACGGACAGAAGCGCGACUAGCGUGUAUCUGGAGGACUUGCGAUGGAAACGGAUGCGAGACACUUGCGAGCAAUGUGCGGCAAAGCGUGAUGAACCAGGUGAUGCGAAACCCAGGGAUGGAAGUGAUAUCGCUUGUGAAAGUGACGCAGGCACGAUUUCCGUCAGUGACAGCGAGGGCUGUAUUCGAUGUGCUGUUUAUACUGGAGCAACGGGGUGCGCUAACGGUGAGACGAGCGGUGAAGAGGAAGAGGAGUGGGGGGUUGGGCGGACCUUUUGGAGUGAGCAGAGUGGGGGGGGUUGGACCGGAAGUGGAGGAGGGGGCAGAGAUUUGUAAGCGGUUUGUGGAUGGAAGGGGGUUUGUGAAUGCGGGGCAAGGGCUCGGCAAAUGGUUUUUGCGCGUCGUUCCCGAGAGAUCGCUGACAGAGGUGUCGGCCGAGGAGUUGUGCGAGGUUGGGCUGUGCGAGUGGUAG